AGUGCCCAAAACAUCACAGAGAUUGUUGACAGCAUAAAAGUCAUACAUUCAGACCGUAAAGUGAGUAACGACAGAAAAACAAAAGGAACUUUUCCCAAGUACGAAGAGGUAUGCAAAUCUACUCCUUAUUCUCUCCUUUGAUAUUGUCAUUGUAAAACACUCAUAGAUGUUCUUCUUUCCCAGUGUGCUUUUUGACAAAAACUUGGUAAGCUGAAGCUGUUGCUGAACAUAUCAAACAUAUCUAAAUAACCAUUACUAAUACAUAACUAAUACGCUCAUUGUCCUCUGGAUAUACCAUGACAGAGAUGCCUCCCAGUUCUAAUGGCAGUUCUGUGAAGAGAAAGUUCCAGGAGCCCCAGACCACUGGGCAGACACAAGGACCCCUUGGACCUCAGGGCAGAAGCCUCCCCGUUCAUGUAAAGACCUUCCUCAAGAACAACGCUUUCGUAGGGAUCACUGUGACUGCAGUGGUUAUAGGAGUUGUGCUGGGUUUUGCUCUGCGCUCCAGUUUGACUUCCAGACAAAUUCGAUAUUUCUCUUUUCCCGGGGAGAUGCUCAUGAGAAUGCUGCAGAUGCUUGUGAUGCCCCUCCUCGUGUCCAGUCUGGUCACAGGCAUUUCUUCACUAGACAGUAAGGCUACUGGCAGAAUGGGAGUGCAGGCUUUGCUUUACUACAUGGUGACCACGAUCAUUGCUGUGUUCACUGGUAUUGUUGUUGUUGUCCUCAUACAGCCUGGAAAAGGCACCAAGGACACACCAUCCCCCUUUAGUGGCCGCAUUGAGGUGGUGCAGACUCUAGAUGCAUUCCUGGACCUGGUCAGGAAUAUGUUCCCUUCAAACUUGGUGGAAGCCUGUUUCAAACAAUAUAAAACGGUCUAUAUCAAGAAGACGACAGCAAGUGUUGCAAAUGUUCUUGAGGCAGAUGGAACACUGAGGUCUGGCACGAGUGGCCACCCUAUGGAUGGCAUGAUGCCCAAGGAUGGCUCUUCAAAUGGGGUGAAUGCUCUGGGUCUGGUGGUCUUCUCCAUCAGUCUUGGUCUGGUCCUAGGCAGUAUGAAAACACAAGGUCAGCCCUUGAGAGACUUCUUCAACUGCCUAAAUGAAGUGAUCCUCCGUCUGGUUGGCAUUAUCAUCUGGUAUGCUCCAGUGGGAAUCCUCUUCUUGAUCGCCGGGAAGAUCGUGGAAAUGGGGGACAUUGGGCAGAUAGGUGGGCAGCUGGCCAUGUACACUUUGUGUGUCAUCUCAGGUCUUCUGGUCCACAGCCUGUUGGUGCUGCCUUUGCUAUACUUCCUUGCCACACACAGGAACCCCUACCUGUUUAUUGGGGGUCUUCUCCAGGCUCUCCUCACUGCCCUGGGGACCUCAUCCAGGUACAUGCUAGUCCAUGCAGCGGCACACACUGUGCAUUUGACUGGAUGUGGUAUAAUUGUGGAACCCUCUUAUUUAAUUCAUGCCAGUUGCCUCUUCCCCACAACCCCCUUUUUCAUCAUGGUCUCUCUCUCUCUCAGCUCUGCCACCCUCCCUAUCACCUUCCGCUGCUUGGAGGAAAACAAUGGCAUGGACAAGCGUGUGACACGCUUCAUGCUGCCCGUAGGUGCCACUAUCAACAUGGAUGGCACAGCCCUCUAUGAGGCUGUGGCGGCCAUCUUCAUAGCCCAGGUCAACCACAUAGACCUGAACUUGGGCCAGAUCAUCACCAUUAGUAUCACGGCAACCGCUGCCAGCAUUGGGGCAGCAGGUAUCCCCCAGGCUGGCCUGGUAACCAUGAUGAUCGUGUUGACAUCUGCUGGACUGCCUACUGAAGACAUCACACUCAUCGUAGCUGUAGAUUGGUUCCUGGAUCGUUUGAGGACCACCACCAACGUGCUGGGGGACUGUCUGGGAGUGGGCAUCGUGGCGCACCUCUCCAGACACGAGCUGCAGAACACAACGUCCACAGAGGGGGACACAGUCGUAGAGGGGGGAUCAGGAAACUCCCUCCACCCCAAACAGACUCACAAUGACACAUACAUUCACCUAAACACUCACAACGGGAAGAGGGAGAGCUCUGUGUGACAUGUGCAUGUCUGUAUGACAUCUAUUUUCACACAUUUGAUCUUUCUUUUUCUCUAUGGCUCUCUGUCUCUCUCAUCUUAAGCCUAGAGCCAUCUACUGCUCAAAAACCAUACAACAGAUAUGUACAGUCAGUGGUGAGUAGGAAGUAGUGGGGAUCCUUUCAAUUUACCAACAGCUCCAUCCGUCCUGAGCAGACCUUACCUCAUUUUAUAGCAGGCAAACAGAACAUAUAUCUAGGUCUAGGGUAUAUGGUAUACCUGUGUAUCACAGACUACGCCACUUGGUACAAUGUUGUUUUCCUAACUGUUGAUCCAAUGGGAUCCCAAUGGGGAUAAACGAAUAAAUGUGUGCAUAGACAACUUCA